AACACUUGCUGCCCUUCCAAGCCUCUUCUUCCUGAGUGUUGUCUUCUCAUUGUGACUGUUUGCAAAAGCUGCUUGGAUGUACAUAUUUUAUUUUAUUUUACUGGUAUACCGGUUCAUGAAUGCAUCAUGCCUUAUCCCAACAUAAGAUGCCUCCUUCAAUGUUUUUUUUCCUUUUUGUUGUUAAGGGGCAAACAACAAUCUGCUGUUUGUUUCAUCAUUCAGAAUAAAUGGACUGGUACACAUACUGUACAUUGAAUGAUAGAGCUGUCUUGUCAGUUACUUCUGCUAUUUUCUUUACUGUUGGGUAUCUCAUUCAAUGUAACCUUUUCUUUUAGAUCACCUGAGCCAUGAUUGUUCACCAAUGCCUUUUUUAGGCCUGCUAUUGCAUGUCAUCACUAAUUGGAGGCAUUCAUGGAUGGGUUUUUUUAGCCUGAAGCAAUUGCAACUGUUGACCGCCAGUGGGUGCUAUUUCUCUGCACUCUGACGUUGCUGGUAUUGAUACACAGCUUUUCCCUUUUACGGUAGAGUUUUGUUUAUGUUCUCCUGUAUAUUUCUGGAUUAGAAAAAGAUUUAAUAUGAUUUCGUUUGGAAAAACAGGCCCCGAAAGGCAACUUGCACAUCAAUGUCAGCAUUUCAUUUUCCAAUACCAAGCUGGAGAGCCAGGAUCCAAAGGAAGAUGAGAGACUGAUUAAUCUGUAAAUGUGGUUUUCCCUCAUCCUCCUUUUCCCUUCUUGGGUGGUUCAUGUAAGCAGUCUGCCUCCAAGCAUGCAUCCUGAUCAAAAGCAGUGUAGAGAGGUGUGAUCUCAGGAGCACCCAAAGGGAGCACCUUCAAAAAGAGCUAAGAACAUCAGCUCCCUGCUCCAUUACUAUAUUUGUACGUGUUUUUCAAACACUUGGCCAGUUGCUGCUUCUCUGUCCAGUUUACAUUCUUAAUACUUAAACAGGCUGAGGGCCCAGGAAUGUGUGACUUGUGUUCCCCCCUCGCCGCCGUUUUAUUCACUCCUAAAUAAAAUCGAGAUAAAUAAUCCACCUUAAAUCUCGCCUCAGUGAUGGAGUCAACACCUGAAGAGGCACCCGUUGUGCGCGUGACCAGCGAGAGACUUUCUUCCAUUGAGGAUGAGGAAGUUCUUAACAAGAUGAUGGACAACGCUGCUGAUUUUGAGGAGCGGCGACUCAUCCGUGCUGCGUUGAGGGACCUGCUCAAGAAAAAGAGAGAAAUCGCCUCCAUGUCUUCUCAAGACAAACGUGAGCAGGAGCGAGCGUCCCGGCAGCAGGACUUGAGGCAGCAGCAGGGCCUGAGCAAAAGAGGCGGAGGUGGAGGAGUUGCUGGCAUAGGACGAGCAGCCAUGAACCAGCAGCCUACAACACAGAGCCAACCUGCCGCCUCUGUGACAGCAGGAGGCAAGGCAGGUCCAACUCAAGCCACCAGCCAGAAAUGUCCCUCCUCUGCAGUCCCCAAUGCUAAAAAUGUCAAACAGAUGCUUCUGGACUGGUGCAGAGCCAAAACAGAACCAUAUGAGGGGGUGGACAUCCAGAACUUCUCCUCCAGCUGGAAAGACGGCAUAGCUUUCUGCGCCUUGGUACACCGCUUCUUCCCUGACGCCUUCGAGUACUCCGUCCUGAACCCUUACAAGCCUAGAGACAACUUUCAGCUGGCGUUCAGCACAGCAGAGAGGCUAGCAGGCUGCCCCCCUCUGCUGGACCCUGAAGACUUAGUUGGGAUGAAGGAGCCAGACUGGAAGUGCGUGUACACGUACAUUCAGGAAUUCUACCGCUGCCUGGUUGAAAAAGGCCUGGUUAAAACCAAAAAGCGUGCAUAGGCUCACUGGAUGACAAGUACCAACCGCCAUGAUCAAUACAUAAUCUAUACAUUAGCAUUACAUAGGAGAAGAUGACAACAUAUUUACACUGUUUGUGUGCCAUCAUGUAAAAUACAGCACACUUUCCAUUGCAGAUGCAGUAUUUGAAGGUACUAUAAAGAAAGAAAGCUUCACGCAUAAAGUAAUUACUAUCGUGGUUGGUUUGUCAAUGUGUGUGAUUGAAAUGAAGGUGAGAUCAUGACCUUAUCAGCAUCAUUAACCCACAGACACUAACAGAAUAACCAGAGAAGCUGCAUUUGUGGCAUUUGGCCACUAGAUGGCAGCUAGUAACAGUAAGUACAAUAUAAUGUGAUCAAUAUAUGAGAAAUGACUAUUGUUUUAUUAUAUCUGUAGCUUGCAGUUGUUUCAAUAUUUUGGUUCCCUCAUUUAGAAGGGUGGGACGAAAUAUUAGCGACAGCUCUCACUUGUGGCAAUAUGCAGUUCUUGAGAGUGGAAUAAAGUGAAAUAUAGCACGUGGUAAUGAAUGAUUUCUAGACUAUUUCAUUGAACGGGACAAAAAUGCCACAAAUGAUUUUUGUACAAAUGUAUAAAAAAAUAAUAGGUGAAAAAGAUGAGUUUCAAAAUGUAUGAAGUUAUAUUUUAUUAUAUAAUACGAUGCACCAUGAAUAUAGAUUCAUAUUUUUAAUUUAUUUUGAUAUGUUU